AUGUGUAUAAAUUCUUUAAUGAUUGAUAUCGAAGUAAUAAAAUGUGUCAUAGACGAUAUAAUCGAUCGUAUCUGUUUAACAAAUAGUUCGUCACACAUUCAAAUAAAUCCAUCAUCAUAUUAUUCUGCGAAAUCAAUCGAAAACAAAUUCAACCAAUCAAUAAAUAUUCUUAAUAAUUCAAUAAAACAACUAUUAAAAUAUGAAUUAAAUACAGUUGUUAAUAAUGGUCAAUUGACAACCACAUCAAAUAUUCGACAUGGCCGAUAUUAUAAUCCAGCUACAAGCGUUAAACAAAUGAAUGAUUUGAAAAGAAGACUGCAUUGGGUUCAACAAAGACAAAUGAUCGUAAAACAAUACAAUAUUAAUCAAGAUAAAAAGAUAACUGAGACAAUUCCGGAUGUAAAUUUGCUUGAAAAUGUUUGGUUUGAACAUCGUUUAAAAAUGUUAGAUAACUCAUUAGAAUUAUUAAAAAAAAAAGAAACAGAAGAAGACGAAGAUAUCGAAGACGAAGAAAUUGUUGAUGACUUUUCCUGUGCUCGUUGUAGGAUUUAUCAAAGAAAAAACGAAAAUAAUAAUCAAUUAUUAAAGAAAUUAAAACAUAUUCAUCAAGUUCGUAAUGAACAUAAUUAUUCCAGUAGUCAUACAGAAUAUUCAACGCCAGAAUCUGAUCUUAUUGUGUGUUUAUCGAAAAUUGCUGAUCGUAUCGGUCACACUACAACGUCGAACAUAUCCAAUUCAUCAAAAAAAGUUCCAUCAUCAUUAUCAUUGUCAUCAUCAUCAUCAUCAGCAACAACAUCAAAGAAAAAACAACAGCUACCAAAAUUACAAUCCUCUGUAUCUGUUAUUGUUGGAGAUACAAAUAAAACUACUAAACGAACCAUAGAAGAAUCUCGAAAUAUAUCGAACAGUAAUUUCAUUUCAACUAAUUAUGAUCUAACAAAUAAACGACAAAAAAGAAUAGCUUCACCACAAUCUUCAUUGUCAACUACAUCAACUAGCACCACAGGAAUUACAAAUACUUCGUCUGCUCACGAUAUUUUGACACCGAGUUGGCGAAUAUUAACAAAUAAAGAUUUUGAUAGUUUAAUAAAUAUUGAACAAUCUGUUAGUCAACAAGAAAGUGAAGAUAUAUCUGAUGAAAGUUAUAUUCAUCGCCAUAUACGUUGUGAAUUAGAACAAGAAUCUUGGAUAACAAAUGAUCCAAUAUUAAAAACUGUUUCAUUAACAUCGAAUCGAAAAAAUGGAACAUUACAAACAUCAUUAUCUGUACCUAACGGUUUAUCAAUUACGAAUCAAAAACAGUAUAAAUAUCGUUUGACACCUAAUGGAAUUGCAUAUACAGAAACAAUUGAUACAAAAUAA